AAACAUAAUUAAGAUUGAUAAGGAAAAGAAAAAAAAGAGUAAAAACAGGAAAAAGAAAAUGAAAAUUAUGGAGAUUAUCACAUGGGUGUAACUAAUUUCUUGCUCAAUUAUGAGUUUUGAUAAUGAAAUACAGUAACCAACCAGACAAAAUGAAUCUGGUUGACCUCAUUCGCAAACUACCCAAGAAAAGGGGAAAAGUUUUGCCCUUUUAUGGACUGUCACUACAAACUCAACUGAAUCUUGUGGGGUUUUUUUCCUCAAGAAUUUCACACUGCCAUCAGCUGUUGGAAGAAUUAUCUGUGGAAAAAGAUGAGAUUUUUCUCACAUUUCAGCAAGAUUCUGCAUAGCCAUCCUACUUCAGCCAAGCUUCUGGUUCUUGCUUCUCUCAGCGGCGGAGGAGGCCUCGUUGCCUAUGCAGAUCUUCCAUCAGAUAAGGAGAAACAAGGUCUUCUUGUACAUGAUCACGGGGAAGCUCGGAAGAAAAAAGUCUUGGUGCUUGGGACGGGAUGGGCCGGUAUUAGCUUCCUGAAAGAUCUGGAUAUCUCAUCCUACGAUGUGCAGGUGGUCUCACCACGGAAUUACUUUGCGUUCACCCCUUUGUUACCCAGUGUCACGUGUGGAACGGUGGAGGCACGGAGCAUUGUAGAGCCAGUUCGCAAUAUUGUGAAAAAGAGGAACGGAGAGAUUAAGUUCUGGGAAGCUGAAUGCCUCAAAGUUGAUGCUAUGAACAAAAAGGUUAUCUGUCGAUCCAGUGCUAAUGAGAAUCUACCGGGGAACAAUGAGUUCUCUUUGGAAUACGAUUAUUUGGUCAUAGCCGUUGGAGCACAAGUAAACACAUUUAACACUCCUGGAGUCUCGGAGAAUUGCUAUUUUCUGAAGGAAGUCGAAGAUGCUCAAAGCAUCCGCAGGGCUGUUAUAGAUUGUUUCGAGAAAGCUGUCCUUCCUGAUCUGACUGAGGAAGAGCGGAAGAUCAACCUCCAUUUCGUGAUAGUCGGAGGAGGUCCAACAGGUGUGGAAUUCGCUGCGGAGCUUCAUGAUUUCAUUUAUGAGGAUUUGGUCAAAAUAUACCCGUCGGUUAAAGAUUUAGUGGCGAUAUCACUGAUACAAUCCGGUGACCAUAUCCUCAACACGUAUGAUGAGAGGAUUAGUUCAUUUGCUGAGCAGAAGUUUCAACGAGAUGGCAUCGAGGUUUUAACAGGACACCGCGUAUUGAGUGUCUCGGACAGAAUGAUUGACGUCAAAGCAAAAUCUACGGGGAUGAAUGUUUCUAUACCUCACGGGAUGGUAGUCUGGUCAACUGGAGUCGGCACGAGGCCAAUUGUGAAGGACUUCAUGGAGCAAAUCGGCCAGAGCAACCGGAAGGUUCUUGCGACUGAUGAAUGGCUUCGAGUGAAGGAAUGUGAUGACGUGUAUGGUCUUGGCGAUUGCACCACUGUAGAUCAGAAAAAAAUCAAGGAGGAUAUUUCGGCCAUAUUUGCAGCUGCGGAUAAAGACAAUUCCGGCACCCUAACUAUAGAAGAGUUCAAAGAUGUGAUUGAAGAUGUAAUCAUCCGAUACCCCCAAGUCGAACUAUAUCUGCAGAACAAUCAUCUAUCCGACAUAACAGAGCUACUAAAAGACGCAGAUGGAAAUGAGAGAGAAGAAGUGGAUAUUAAAGAGUUCAAGUUAGCACUAUCAAACGUAGAUAAGCAAGCAAAGAGCCUUCCUGCUACUGCUCAAGUUGCUGCUCAACAAGGUGCAUACCUUGCUAGGUGCUUCAACAUGCGAGAGAAAUGUCAAAUUGAACCCGAGGGUCCUCGGAAGUUCAGAAGUGGUGGCCGCCAUGAAUUCCGUCCCUUCAGGUAUCGCCAUCUAGGGCAGUUUGCACCUCUCGGAGGCGAGCAGGCAGCAGCGGAGCUGCCUGGCGACUGGGUGUCCGUCGGCCACAGUACGCAAUGGUUGUGGUACUCUAUAUAUGCAAGUAAACAAGUUAGCUGGCGGACGAGGUAUCUCGUAGUCGGUGACUGGACUAGGAGGUUCAUCUUUGGGAGAGACUCGAGUCGUAUAUAAAACAUGGGAGUUUCACCACUUCGAUAAACAGAAAGCUUCUUUCUCUCUUUGAUGUGAUUCUUUGAUACAUAUAUGUUUAUAUAGAAGCUGCUUUUCUUUGUAUUUUCAUGCAUAUGUAAGAUUUGGGAUUAUCUUUGUUGAUAUGUGCAAUGUUUGUUCUUUAAAAA